GGAGCCAGGCGGCGGCGGGGACGAACGGCGCUCCGCACGCCCCCGCCCAGAGGGGACCAGGCCGCGGAGGAGGCGGCGGUACCUUGGACAGAGCCGCGGCGCAGCGCGGAGCCCGCCCGGGAGCCGCCCCGGAGCGCCCCGACGAGCAGAACUGAGGCGUGAGGCUCCAUAAGUGCCCCCAAGUGGCUUCAAUUUCUGUCCUCAACAAAAGAUAUCAAAAGAAAUGCAGAAACGCCUGUCCUAGAAAAAAACAUGCAGAAGAAAGAGAAAGAUACAUGCAGUAAAGAUGAGACAACAGUGCCAAAACUUCCAGUCCCACCACUGCAACAGACCUUACGCAUGUACCUACAGUGCAUGAAACACUUGGUUCCAGAGGAGCAAUUUAGAAAGACCAAGGUCAUUGUGGAGCAGUUUGGAAUGGCAGGAGGCUUGGGGGAAUCUCUGCAGCAAAUCCUCAAGGAAAGAAGGGAAAAGACAACAAACUGGGUGUUUAACUACUGGCUGGAUGACAUGUACCUCAACAACCGGCUAGCUCUUCCAGUCAAUUCUAGCCCAGCAGUUAUCUUUGCUCGUCAGUAUUUCAAGGAUGUAAAUGACCAGCUGAGGUUUGCCGCCAAUCUCAUUUCAGGAGUGCAAGACUAUAAAGCUUUACUGGACAACCAUGCUUUACCUGUUGAUUUUGCUCAUGGACAGCUGUCUGGUCAUCCUCUCUGUAUGAAGCAAUACUAUGGACUCUUUUCUUCCUAUCGUCUUCCAGGACAUACCAAAGAUACCCUCGUGGCCCAGAAAAGCAGUGUAAUGCCAGAACCAGAACACAUCAUUGUUGCUUGUAACAAUCAGUUUUUUGUUUUGGAUGUUGUCAUUAAUUUCCGUCGUCUCAGUGAGGGAGAUCUUUUCACUCAGUUACGAAAGAUAGCCAAAAUGGCAGAGAAUGAAGAGGAAAUGCUGCCUCCCAUUGGCCUGCUGACAACAGAUGGAAGAACAGAGUGGGCAGAGGCCAGGACAAUCCUUAUGAAAGACUCUACUAACCGCGACUCUCUUGACAUGAUUGAACGGUGCAUAUGCCUGGUGUGCCUGGACAGCCCAAGCGGGGUGGAUCUCAAUGAUACAAACAUGGCAUUGCAGCUGCUGCAUGGGGGAGGCUACCAUAAAAACGGGGCCAAUCGGUGGUAUGACAAACCAAUGCAGUUUGUGGUAGGAAGAGAUGGCGUCUGUGGUACUGUGUGUGAGCAUUCCCCUUUCGAUGGCAUCAUACUGGUGCAGUGCACUGAACACUUGCUCAAGCACAUGAAAGAAAGCUCCAAGAAAUUAGUCCGAGCUGAUUCAGUGAGCGAGCUUCCUGCUCCACGGAGACUAAGAUGGAAAUGUUCCCCUGAAAUUCAAUCACGUUUGGCAUCAUCAGCAGAAAAACUCCAAAGGAUAGUAGAAAAUUUGGACUUUAUCGCCUACAAGUUUGAGAACUAUGGAAAGGAAUUUAUUAAGAAACAAAAGAUUAGCCCAGAUGCCUACAUUCAAGUAGCACUGCAGCUGGCAUUUUACAGAUGCCACAGGAGACUUGUCCCUACCUACGAAAGUGCUUCCAUACGCCGAUUUGAUGAGGGCAGAGUUGACAAUAUUAGGUCUGCUACCUCAGAAGCAUUUGCUUUUGUCAAGGCAAUGACUGAUAACAAGACAGCUCUAUCGGAUUCUGAGAAGAUGCAGAGAUUUAAGGAUGCAAUUGCAGCUCAGACUAAUUACACUAUUCUGGCUAUUACUGGAAUGGCAAUAGACAAUCAUCUGCUAGGGCUCAGAGAGGUGGCACGGGAACACUUGAAGGAACUGCCAGAGAUAUUUACAGAUGAGACAUAUUUGACAAGCAAUCGAUUCAUCCUCUCAACCAGCCAGGUUCCAACCACUAUGGAAAUGUUCUGCUGCUAUGGGCCUGUGGUGCCCAAUGGUUAUGGAACAUGUUAUAACCCUCAGCCAGAGCAUAUACUAUUCUGCAUCUCAAGCUUUAAAGACUGUAAAGAAACCUCCUCAGAUGCGUUUGCAAAAGCUGUGGAAGAAAGUCUCCUAGAAAUGAGAGAUCUGUGCAGCAGAUGCAAUUCUACUACGUCAAAACCUCUUGCUAAACAAGAAGCUGCCACACAGCUGCAGAGCGACCGCAAACUCUAAGAGGCUGUGGGAAUUAUUCUCCUGAAUCCACCUUGUGAAGAAACAAUGACAUAGUUGUUCAAAGGCAAGAUAGUACUAGUAAUAUAUUAGUGUAGAACCAAAAUGUCAUUUGUUUUACAUUGUUGCCAACAUUUAAAACUCUGUGUGUACUAAAUCUACCGUUGCCUGCUUGAGAAUCCGCAAAAAAGGUUUAGUCUCGCUGGCUGGAAUGAAGGAGGAAGUAAGACGAGUAUGUGUUGUACUAUCAUUUCUAACCACAAACAUGCUAUUUUAUCACCUAAGAAACUGAGUAAGUUUGUAGAUGACAUAAAUGAAAUACUAAAGGCACACCAGUUAAUUAAUAUUCCCUGCAAGUAGUUCUAAAAUAUUCACAUCUAUUUCUGCAAGAUUUGCAUGUAAUGGAAAAAAAAAAAAAAAAAAAAAGAGAUUUCCCCUAUUGGGAAACUUGAGAAUGACAUUAUAAAUAAUAGACUGAUGCCAUUAAAUCCUGAAAAUUUGCAUGAAGAGUAUUUAAUACCACCAUGCUACAUGGGAAAAACAGAUUAUUUUUAAGAGUAGUCACUGUAUAUUUCCACAAACAGUUUGGGAAGAUUACACUAGUGUUUGCAUGUUCCCCCAAUUCAAAAAUGCUGCAAAAAUAAUUUAGCCUUUAUUCUGGCUUGCACUGGCCUCAAGCACAGUCCCAUUCUAAAAGCAGCAUAUUGGAGAUAAGAUCCAUCACAGAGAACUGGGAGAAUUUUGUCCGUCAUGAAUUGACUUGUUUCUUUCUAUCAGUGAGCAAAAUCCAGUCUGACAGAGAGGUGAAACACAAAGCAUAAGUGCAAUCCAGUCCUACUUAAGACCUUUUUUGUUUGCACAGGAAUGAAUUUAGUCACUGUGACUAGCAGGAGAGUGUAUGCAACCAUACAAAAUCAAAGAGCAAUAAAUAACUAGGAUGAAGAGGCAAACUUGCAAUAUAAGGAAGUCUCCAAGCUAGAGCUAUAAAUACCAGUUUAAGAGUACUAAUAUUCAUAUCAGCUUUACAUCACCCCACUUCGGAGGGAUUUAUAUUUUAUAUAUUUUAAUAGUAGAUGUAGGACAUCAUAUUCUGCAAUAUACAGUAAAUUCAAUCAGGAAAGUAAUAUAGUAUCUGGUAAUCCCCAUGGUCUGUGAAUGUUAUCCUGAGGGGUUUCCAUUAUCUCUUUCAUUUCCUACAAACUGUUUCCAAGAACUGGCAUUUUCAGUUACUUUCUCUCAAGCUGAAAUAUGUUGCCUCGCUCAGAGGUGUUCAGUCAUCAUUGUCAGAACACAACUCACUCACUGACUGAAGACACUUACUUACUAACUCCAGUGCAGGUCCCUUGCUAGGUGAGCUGGAGCACACUCGAAGCCUGGCCAGGAACUGCUUGCUUACCCGUGGAGAAGUGGAGCUGUUUCUUCUUCCUUUGUAGACUGAACAAUCACAUGCUUAAGCACUUUCAAGCCUAAAAACAGAAUAGAUUUAUUACAAUAAACUAGAAGUGCAGCUACGUUUCUAAGAACUCUAGGUAUGGAUUCAGUAGAUUGCGUAUGUCCAUACUUAUUUUACUGCCUCUCUGGAGUUGCAUACAUACAAUUAAGCAGUCUGCUUGGUAAAGGCUACCCACAACCCCCUAUAUGAAAGCACAGUGGGCCUGAUAAUCAGUUGGAGCAAGUCAGCUAUGUUGGAACAAAUCAACUGGGAUGAUUUACAGUGAUUGAGAGGUGGGCUCAUUUUUUUUAAAGUUAAGGCAUUAAUUUAAAAAUAUGUUUUUUUCAUUACUCCAUGAGCUGUGGUUCAAACCAAAGAUGAAAUCUAUUUUUAGAUUAUAUAAAUAAUAUUUAUGGCAUAAAAGCUGCCCCAAAGUCAAAAUGUAAAAUAAAUUUUUUAAAAAAUCAAGAAAACUGUUAGUCAAACCAAAUGUUCACUUAAUGAAUAUACUAUUCAAAAUAUGACUUUAAAUUGUUCUUGUACUAUAAUUAUGAAAAUUACUUUGAAACAUUCCCAGUAAUUUUGCUUUGUUCUGUCUCUUGUCACUACAAAGGCAUUCUGCAUUUUUAACGUAAAAGAAGCACUACAAUCUCAAGAUUUUUUCAUAGAAUUGUAUGUUUAAAAUUAUAACCAUAUUUUAAGUGUAUAAAAAUGCUGUGAAUAGUUAUUUGAUUAUUUAUUAAUUUGCUUCUAAUGAAAUGUAUAGUUUUAUUUUGCUUUCCUAUUUCUAUAAGUACUGAUAUUUAUUUUCAAAUAUUACCAAUGUUUUUACUUCUUUGGCUGGAAUUUUAACAGUAGCUCAGACAAUACUCAACACACAGUCACUGAGAAUUUAAGCAGAAACUCCACCCACACCUGAAAUUUUAUACCAAUUUAUCAUUAAGAGCCCCUUACUUGUCUACAGCUGCCAUAACAGGUACUCUGGACUCUCCAACACUGGGAAAUACUGGUGGUGGAAAAUACUGACACUGUAUUUUUACUCGAGGAAGAAACCAGUGACCACCCAUACUUCCUAUUUAUUUAGCUAACCAUUCCAUACUUGUAGCUUAGAUAGUUACUGAUCUGGUUUUAGGAUUCAGCCCAAAUACUUGAAAUGAGCAGCUUCAAUGAACUCAGUCCCUCCAGAGGAAGUCAUUUGUGUAUAUGCUUAGCCAUUACCCAUGAUAAAAGUAGUAUCUGCAAAGUACCUGACUUUGUUCAAGAAAUUUCAGACUCAGUUCAGAUAUGUUCAAACCGGAGGGUCCUGAUUAAAUUAUAGAUGGAUAAAAUUCACAGCACAGGGCAUUACAAACUUCUCAGUUUGCCAGCAGGAGCUUUGUAAAGGGACUGCGCUGCUUCUCAGUUAACAGAAUUCGCUACACCUGUGGGGUAUGAUGCCAUGCUGCAGCUGCAUCUAUUAAGGAUUUUAGGGAGUAGGUAGUUUUCUUAGGUUCUUAUUUAAAAUUAUUUGUAUCAUACAAAUGAAGUUCUCUUCUGAAGUUUAAAUAUAUACAGUCUGUGUACAUGCACUUACGGAAAUCAAACGUGAAGCUUUUAAAAUGUUUCCAACCAGAAAACUAUGGAACAUUAUAAAAAGGGAGAAAAUCUUGAUUGACAAACUAAGCGUAACUACAUUAAUGUAACAAGUGGCAAUGAUUUAAUGAGACCUCUUGGUGGGACCAGGGACAUACAAACCCCCUGCAAGAGAAUUUUAAGAAGGUAAUUGUUUCACUCUCUCUGUAGGUGUGCACUCACGUACACACAGUACUGGGAUGUAGAAAUUAAAAAGCCAGUUUUUGUGAACUCCUAUAUUCACAGUGAGCAAAAGUUAAAGCAACUUGACUCCAAAACAGUGGUGUUUCCAGGGCGUAAGAACCUGACCUCGCUCCUCUGAGGGCUGUCAGAGCCCCUGUGCGAUCUGUAACCGAGCAGGACGCGGUUGCGACCACACAGCUGAACGGCUUCUGGCGUAGGAGUUGCAGAAGACAUGAAAAUAUUUUAGUGAUACUUUUAUUUUUAUAAAAUAGUAUAGAUUUAUGACAAGGGUAAAUGUGUAUUUAUACCACUUUCUGUUAUGUUUUGUGCUCUACUGAAAUAUAUUUAUCUGUCUAUAUUAAUAUAUACCACCUGAAGCGUACGCCGGUAACACGAAUUCAGCUUAAAGACGGAGCUCCGCACCGCAAAUAAAAACUACCAGAGGAAAAAAA